AUGUCAAAAUCUGACAUCUCCAGUAACUCGGAGGCGGAUGAGGCAAUACCGGCCUCAGCAAAGGCAACCUUUUGGAGCCGGUUCAAGGCACAUAUGAAGAAGUUCUGGUGGGCUUGUUUAAUCGCAUUCUGCAUAUCUGUCUUCGUCAUCAUUCUCCCACUCUUUUAUGUCGGGGUUCCCAAUUUCGCGAAUGACUAUAUCAACAAGUACGACUACGACUACGACGGCCUCGAGAUUACCAACCCCCGGCCUACUGCCUUCCAUAUCAAACAAAAGAAAAGCCUCAAAAUCAAAGGAGCGUUUAGUGGUAGUGGUCAUAUAACUCCAUUCAAUGCCACAUGUCGUCUCAAAGACACCAAUGAAGCUUUUGCAGUACUCCCUGUUCCGAGGAUUGCAUUUGGCAACGGCGCCGUCCUUGAAAUAGACCAAGAUUUGGAUUUGUCUUGUGUCGACUGUCUGUCGCAAUUGGCUUCUGCUGUUGCAUCUAACAAGAGCUCUUCCUUUUUGAUUGAAGGUUCACCGGAUUUGAAAUAUGGUGCUCUACCGACUGCUCAUUUGAACAUUCAUAAAACCAUCAAGGUGGAUAGUUUCAAUAUCACAAGUUUCCUCAAUAUGAAGGGCGCAUUCAACAUCACCAGCAUGGAACUCCUGGUUCCUCCAGUUGAUGGUUAUAACUUCAAUGCCACAAUCUCCGUGCGCAAUCCGAAUCCCAUCAUUAUUGAGUUGGGACAUGUGACUUUCAAUCUCACCUUAGGUGGCUCAGACUUGGGUUGGGUCGAUUUCCCCUAUCUCUUUCUGGAAAAGAGUGUCACCAGCACCGUGGUCCUCGGUUCAGUUAGCAAAGAAGCGUUAAUCCAAGAGGCCAUUUCGGGUAACGAUGACUUUGGCACUGUGACUAUUGGGAAUAUAUAUGGUCGCGAGUACUUGGUGGAUGAGUUUCGAGAUGACUAG